CACCAUUUAAAAGGGAUUUCCCCACUACCACAAUGUAGAAUCGAAAACAGAUUUUUAAGGAAGUUUAAGAAGAGGUUUAUUUAGGACGUCAGAAACUAUGAGCAACCGAUGGCAUCCUUAUAAUGACAACCAUUUUGAUAGUCUGCAAAGUAACAGUAGGGUGGAAUAUCCACAUAAUGAACGACAACAUUACACACAGCAGGCAAUUUUUUAUUCAAGAAUGAGACAACAGAGAAAUGGAUGUCACCAAACUCACCAUCGACCAAACCAACCUAUUUAUCAUCAUGACCACAAUUCCUAUGAUGAUUUUACCAGAUCAACGAGGGCAUUGCCUCGUCGAUUACUAAUACAUAGACAUUAUGAUAAACCCUCACAUUCAAGACAGGUCUAUAAAGAGCUGCCUCAAACUUUAAGAAGAGAUGCUGUGAACAACAAAAGGCCUAUCAGUAGUUCUUACAAUAAUGUACCUGAAAAAAAGAGGCGUAUCGCACAUCAACAGACAAAUGAAGCAAAAAGUUCACAGAAAGAUAAGCCCACCACAUCACGAUCGGUUUCUCCUAUUCCAACUCAAACUGUUAAAACAAAUCCUGUCACUUCCACUAAUGUAACAUCAAGUCCAGUUAUCUUUGUUAAAGAAUACAACAAAAACAAGAUAACAGUACAUGAUUCCAUUGUAAUCAUCAGCGAUUCCGAAAACGAAUGUGAUGAGAGCCAUGAAGGUUUGAACAAGAGUGUAGCAUCAACCAGUUGUGCAGAACCUGUGAAUGAAGAGAAUGUUUCUACAGGUGAAACAAACCAAGCUUGUUGUAGCUCUAAUCAGUGUGAUGAUGAUGAUCCAACUUUAUCUCCUAUGCUUGGUUCCGUGAGGGACAAGUUUUUUUCUGCUGAAACAUCAGACUCCAACUGUGAGGAUUUACCUUCUACGAGUGAACCUGUGUUUGAGAGCACAGUACCUCUGCUGCAAACCACAGAUCAAACUCCUACUCAAGAUCAAAAUGAAGGGUGUGAAAAUGUAAACUCAACACUGCCAUCUAAAAAAACCACUAGUUUGAACAAACAGCCAACAAAGACGGUGACCCCAACUUCAAGGGUCCCUGUUAAGCAAAGACUUGGUAAAGCAUCCAACACAAGCACUUCAAAUGUUAAUAAGGAUACAAGUCUAACAAGUGAUCAACUACAAAACUUUAAUAUGAAAAUAUUUGGAUUAACACCAGUUGAAAUUCAAACAUUUUUUCAAAACGACAAAUUGUCUCGUCAAAUCUAUCAGUUUAUGAUGACCAAUCAACAGAGAUCAAAUUUCUUGCAGCAAAAAUUAAGGCUUGCAAAGGCACUUCAAGAUGCCAUUGUUUAUGCAAUGCUUCCUGAUGCUAAGGUGUUUCUAGUUGGUUCCUCUGUCAAUGGAUUUGGUCGAUUAAACUCGGAUGCCGAUCUCUGUUUAGUGUUUGACCCUAGGAACAAAACUGUGAACCGGAAAACCGUUUUGAAAAUGUUGAAUCGUAUGAAGCAAUUGUUAAAUAAUGCUCACUUUGUGAAAAAUCUGCAACUAAUCUAUGCAACGGUCCCGAUUCUGAAGUUUGAAGACAGAAUCAGUGGAAUGGAAUGUGAUCUGAAUGUCAACAACUUGACUGGAAUCAGGAAUUCAUUUUUACUUCUUGCUUAUGCUAGAUGUGAUCCCAGAGUCAGACCUAUGGUACUUUGCAUCAAAGAAUGGGCCCAUGUCAAUAAUAUAAAUAGUGCACAACUUGGUACAUUGAGCAGUUACGCUUUGGUGCUCAUGGUACUGCAUUACCUUCAGAUUGUUAAGCCUCGAGUCAUACCAAGUUUUCAAGCCUUGCACAAAGACAACUUUUCCUCCAACUUACCGAUUCAUUGUCUUGGUGAAAAAGUAGCGAGUCUACCAAUGUUUUAUUCCAACAACACAUCGCCAGUAUCCCAACUAUUGAAAGGAUGGUUCAACUACUUUUCAACGUUUGAUUUUGCUAACAAAGUGAUAUCAGUCCGUCUUGGCACGAGUUACAACGUUCAUACAAUGUCAAAUUCAAAAGCUUGGUUGAAAAAAUGUGUGAAAAUAGAAGAACCAUUUGAUCAAACAAAUGUAGCAAGAGCUGUUCAAUCUGGAAAACAAUUUAGUCAAAUUAUUACAUCAAUCAGGAAUGCAGAUAUUGCUUUGAGAAACGAUAAUCUUAAAACUAUUAUUCCAUGCCUUGCACCUUCCUAUAAUAUUCGAUGCUUCAAUUGAUGCCUUUUCUUAAUCUUUUCAUCUUCUUCUUUUACCUUUUGUGUUUUGUUCUUCUCGACCAUUUCGAUUUUUAUUAUUAUUUAAUAAGUUUACAAAGAAGCAAGCAUGCAAAAGUAAACCUUAAAUAAAUCAGCGUUGCUACUUAUCCCUAUUUUACCCACCCUAUUCCCACUGAAUUUGUGAGGAUUGUAAUUUUUUGUAUGGGUGACAAUUAAGAAAACCGGUUAGUCAAGACUGAGUUGGUAGAAUAACUGAUAACUUUUCGCUGACGGUGUUGUAGUAUACAUAGGAAAAAUGCAUGUUUUUCGGCAAUUUAAUGGAAACUUGGACUUAAUAAAUUUAACGGUUGGAAAGUCGA